CUUUCCCAUCAACGUCCCUCUCGAUUCCACCAUAUCCUCCUUUUUCUUAUUUGUGAAAGUUCAAAUUCAACUCCAAAUUUCCUGUUUCUUUCACCACCUAUAUAAACAAACAGAAGGGGAGAGAGGGUCUUAGUAGUCACAAACAUGGCGACAUCAACGUCUUCUGUGGUGUUAGGAAUCUCUGUAUCAUCUUCUACUUCUUUGAAAAUAAGGAGUUUUAGAAAUGCGCCCACUGUGUUAAAUUCUCAUACCCCUUCUGGUUUAAACGUUGUUACUUCACCUCAUCAUAGGCAUGCUGCUUCUCAACGUCCACUCUCCAGGAACUCGUUUAGAGUCCAAGCAACGGUGUUGCAAGAGGAUGAAGAGAAAGUGGUGGUGGAAGAAUCAUUUCAAUCGAAAAGUUACCCUGAAAAUGGAGGAGGAGGAAACGGAGAGCCACCUGAUGCUUCAUCCUCUAGUGGUUUGGAGAAAUGGGUUGUAAAGAUUGAGCAAUCCAUAAAUAUCUUUCUCACGGACUCUGUGAUAAAGAUACUUGACACCUUGUAUCAUGAUCGACAUUACGCGAGGUUUUUUGUUCUGGAAACUAUUGCAAGGGUUCCCUACUUUGCUUUCAUGUCUGUUCUGCACUUGUAUGAGAGUUUUGGUUGGUGGAGAAGGGCAGAUUAUCUGAAAGUUCAUUUUGCAGAGAGCUGGAAUGAGAUGCACCAUCUGCUCAUAAUGGAAGAACUGGGUGGAAAUUCUUGGUGGUUUGACCGGUUUCUAGCUCAACAUAUUGCAGUCUUUUACUACUUUAUGACAGUCUUUAUGUAUAUGCUGAGCCCAAGGAUGGCGUAUCAUUUUUCUGAGUGCGUGGAAAGUCAUGCGUUUGAAACCUAUGACAAAUUUAUCAAGGAUCAAGGAGAGCAAUUGAAGAAACUACCAGCAUCAAAUGUUGCCGUGAAGUAUUACACAGAGGGGAACUUGUACUUGUUUGAUGAAUUUCAAACCGCAAGACCGCCUACUUCUCGAAGGCCAAAGAUAGAGAACAUGUAUGAUGUGUUUCUGAACAUCAGAGACGAUGAAGCCGAGCAUUGCAAGACUAUGAAGGCCUGCCAAACUCAUGGGGGCCUUCGCUCUCCUCACUCGUAUACAGAUGAUGCGUGUGAAGAAGAUGCAGGUUAUGGCCUACCCCAGGCUGAUUGUGAAGAGCUGACCCAGUAGAGAAGACAGCCAAGGCCCGGUAACACAGCUUAACAAAUUGUUGCUGAUGAAGUGCGAAAAUUUGAAGGAAACUUUGAAUGCAGUAAAAUUUGUUGAGAUCCUUGCUUGUAUUUUGUAAAAGAAUAUACAUAUUUGAAGGAAUAUAUGGUGCUGUUUGUAUCGGUCCUUUUUCUUGUUUCAUAUAUAUCACAUCACAAAAGAUGUUACAGUAUUUGUUCAUGUAUUGUCCAAGAUGCUCCGGUGUUGUUUUUUUUUUC